AAAUUUUUUUAAAUAAAAAAAAAGGAAUCUCCCGUAGAUCCUUUCUCAGAGAAAAAGCCUACCCAAAUCAGCAAGAAAGCAUAAUGGCUAUCUCAACUUCCAACUCCCUCAUCCCUGCAAAGACCCUAAUGCCCCCAACAAACCACUCCCUAUGCCCAUCCACCAACAGCAUCAGACCCGGGACUAAGCUCACUUCCAGGCCCAUUCUAGCCGUCCAUGCAGCCGAGCCCACCAAGAACGUUAACCCGGUGGUCUCCGACAAGCCGGCUGACAAGUCGCAGCCAGCAUCCUCCGCAGUGGCAGCUGCAGCCGCAACCGCUCCGGCUCGUAACGCUGUGCAGGGAAAAUGGACCCCGGACAGCUGGAAAUUGAAGCGGGCGACGCGUUCCCGCCGAUCGUGUUCGCCGGGGAGGCGCGGAGCCUUGAGGAGAAGCUUGGGGAGGCGGCGAUGGGGAAGGCGUUCUUGUUGCAGGGUGGAGAUUGCGCUGAGAGCUUCAAAGAGUUUAAUGCUAACAACAUUCGUGAUACAUUCAGGAUUCUCCUCCAGAUGGGUGCUGUAUUGAUGUUUGGUGGCCAGAUGCCCGUCAUAAAGGUGGGGAGAAUGGCGGGUCAGUUUGCAAAGCCAAGAUCGGACCCAUUUGAGGAGAAGAACGGGGUGAAGCUGCCCAGCUACAGAGGUGACAACGUGAAUGGAGAUGCUUUUGAUGAGAAGUCGAGGAUUCCAGAUCCACAGAGGAUGAUCAGAGCUUACUGUCAAGCCGCUGCCACUCUCAACCUUCUCAGAGCUUUUGCCACCGGUGGCUACGCUGCUAUGCAGAGGGUCACUCAAUGGAAUUUGGACUUUACUCAACAUAGUGAACAGGGAGACAGGUACCAAGAGCUUGCUCACCGAGUUGAUGAGGCCCUCGGCUUCAUGGCCGCCGCAGGGCUCACGGUGGACCAUCCUAUAAUGAAAACAACUGAAUUCUGGACUUCACAUGAGUGUUUGUUGUUGCCAUAUGAACAAUCACUCACUAGGUUGGAUUCAACUUCUGGACUCUACUAUGACUGCUCUGCCCAUAUGCUCUGGGUUGGGGAAAGAACCCGACAAUUGGAUGGUGCCCAUGUUGAGUUCUUAAGAGGAGUUGCCAAUCCCCUAGGAAUCAAGGUGAGCGAUAAGAUGGAUCCAAAUGAGCUAGUUAAACUCAUUGAUAUCUUGAACCCACAAAACAAACCAGGGAGAAUUACCAUAAUCACAAGGAUGGGAGCUGAAAACAUGAGAGUGAAGCUUCCACACCUAAUUAGGGCUGUGAGGAAAGCAGGACAAAUUGUCACAUGGGUCAGCGAUCCUAUGCAUGGAAACACAAUUAAGGCUCCAUGUGGUCUCAAAACUCGCCCCUUCGAUGCCAUCAGGGCUGAAGUGAGAGCAUUCUUUGAUGUGCAUGAGCAAGAAGGAAGCCACCCAGGAGGAGUUCACCUAGAAAUGACGGGUCAGAACGUUACCGAAUGCAUUGGUGGAUCAAGAACCGUCACAUUCGAUGACUUGAGCUCACGCUACCACACUCACUGUGACCCAAGGCUCAAUGCUUCACAAUCUCUUGAGCUUUCUUUCAUCAUCGCUGAGAGGCUCAGGAAGACUAGGAUCAGAACACAGCAGCCCCUUACACCCGUAGAACAACUCUAAGAAUAUAUAUAUAUGGAUGCCUUUUCAAACACCUACCUACAAACAAAUAUCUACCUUUUUUUUUCUUUCACGUAAUGUGUAAUUUGUGUAUGGAGAUGGAGAACCUAGUUAGCAUGUUUUUCGUGUAACGUUUUAUUUUGUCUCGCGUAUAAGUGUAACUGCCCUGUAAUGCGUUUGAGCUUUCCAAGGACAAGAGUACUUAAUUAAUUAAUUUAUUAAUAAGAGGAUUUUCUUGAUUUUGUAA